AUGGCGGCAUCAUCUUCCUCAGCAUCGCUCUUUGGAUUUAGAGAAGAGGAUCAGAACCAGAUGAAGCAACAUUCCUUGACACCAUCUUCAUCAACAACUCCAGCUGCACCACCACCUCAGAAGAAAAAGAGAAACCAACCUGGAACUCCAUGCAAGUAUCUUAAUUUUUUUAUCAGGAAUUAA